AUCAGAACCUGUUCGGUGGCUUUAGUGAAUCCCAUUUAACCAGCACGGGCCUUAACGUAAACAGACUUGUUAGAGCGCAGCAACGAUUGCGAGUCAACAUCACACAGACUGUGCCGGAGCAGAGGACCUUACAGCAUCACCAGAUUUCAUCAAAGAAAAUGUUUCAUGGUAUGAGACCAUAAAGAAAAGUCUUACAAUGUCGAACUACAAGCAGAACAAUGGCUUCAUCCGAAGCAGAAGCUUCUCAGAAAGCAUGAUCCUGGCAGAUGCCGAGGAAGGUGGAGUAAUCAUUAGUGAUAUCAAGGAUCCUUCUUUUGCUGACAGCUGUGGACUAAGAGAAGGAGAUGAAAUUGUUGGUGCUACCAUUCACUUUGACAAGCUCAAAAAGGAUGAUGUGGCGAAGUUACUGGAAAUCAUAGAGCCUUAUGAUACUAACAUGACUGUUUUGAAGAAACAGGAUCUGAAGGCCAAUUUGCAAUCUCCAGAAGAUUUACUCAAGAACUCCUACAACAAACUUUUCAAUGGAAAGGUCAAGAAGUUCUUGAAAGAUGAUAUACCAUCUGAAACUGAGAAAAUAUCACCUGGUGAAGUCCAUGCCCCAAGCCUAAAAGGAAAACUACUUGACAUAAAGACACCAGAAGAAGAUAACACUGCUUGCCUCAGUUCACCUGAUGUAAUGUGCUCAGUUCCAAAUGUGGAUUUUGACUCCCUAGCACCUGAUGCAACUGUGCAUCUCAACAAGCCUAAGGUGAAUGGGUCAAAAGUCACAAUGCCAACAGUGGGAUUACAUGAACCAAAACUGAGAGGACUAAGUCUGGAUAGAACUAAUGAAUUCCCUGAAACCAUCCCUACAGUUCCAAAUUUAAAGGGAAAGGAUGUAAAUUUACAAUCACCGAAUAGAAAAGUAGAUUUGUCAGGACCAAAUAUUGACAGCAAAAGUCCAAACGCAAAUAUGGAUUUAACUGCAUCUGGAGUGGACAGAGGGGGGUUACAAUUCAAAGCACCAAAGUUUAAAAUGCCACAAUUUAAUCUACCUGAAAUCAAACCUAAAACAUCAGAUGUGCACAUCCGACUUCCAGAUGUGAAAGGAGACAUGGAUCUAUCAGUUCCUGACCCUAAGGCAAACAUUAAGACCCCUCACAUGAAUAUAAAAACUCCUGAUGUUGACAUCGAUGGGCUAUCACCCAAACUGAAGAUGCCCACUUUAAAGAAAUCCAAAUUUGGGACCUCUGGACCUAAUGUUAAAGGACCAGAAAUCGACGCAGAUUUAAAUGCACCAGAUCUGAAUCUGUCGGCCCCCAAAAUUGAAGGAAAGCUCAACACUCCUAACAUAGAUAUGAAUUUACCCAAUGCUGAAGUCAGCGCCCCUGACCUAGAUCUGAACUCUCCAGAUCUUGACAUUGAUGCCCCCUCAGGCAAACUGAAGAUGCCCAAUUUUAAGAAGCCAACAUUUGGUUUCUCUGGACCUAAUGUUAAAGGUCCAAAAAUCGAUGCAGAUUUAAAUGCACCAGAUCUGAACCUGUCAGCCCCCAAAAUUGAAGGAAAGCUCAACACUCCUAACAUAGAUAUGAAUUUACCCAAUGCUGAACUCAGUGGCCCUGACCUAGAUCUGAACUCUCCAGAUCUUGACAUUGAUGCCCCUUCAGGCAAACUGAAGAUGCCCAAUUUUAAGAAACCCAAAUUUAGUUUCUUUGGACCUAAUGUUAAAGGUCCAAAAAUCGAUGCAGAUUUAAAUGCACCAGAUCUGAAUCUGUCGGCCCCCAAAAUUGAAGGGAAGCUCAACACUCCAGACAUUGAUGCUAGCUUACCAAAAGGUAAAAUUUCUGGCCCUGACCUAGAUCUGAACUCUCCAGAUAUAAAUGUUGAUGCCCCUUCAGGCAAACUGAACAUGCCCAAUUUUAAGAAACCCAAAUUUGGUUUCUCUGGAUCUAAUGUUAAAGGUCCAAAAAUCGAUGCAGAUUUAAAUGCACCAGAUCUGAACCUGUCAGCCCCCAAAAUUGAAGGAAAGCUCAACACUCCAGACAUUGAUGCUAAGUUACCAAAAGCCAAAUUAUCUAGCCCUGAUCUAGACCUGAAAUCUCCAGAUCUUAAUAUUGAUGCCCCUUCAGGCAAAAUGAAGAAACCCAAGUUUAAAAAGCCAACAUUUGGUUUCUCCAGGCCAAAAGUGAAAAGACCAGAAUUAGAUGCAAACCUAAAUGCUCCAGAUGUGAAUCUGUCAGCUCCCAAAAUUGAAGGAAAGCUCAACACUCCAGACAUUGACGCUAAGUUACCAAAAGCCAAAUUAUCUAGCCCUGACCUAGACCUGAAAUCUCCAGAUCUUGACGUUGAUGCCCCUUCAGCCAAAGUCAAUAUGCCUAAUUUAAAGAAACCCAAAUUUAGUUUCUCUGGACCUAAUGUUAAAGGUCCAAAAAUCGAUGCAGAUUUAAAUGCACCAGAUCUGAACCUGUCAGCACCCAAAAUUGAAGGACAGCUCAACACUCCAGACAUUGAUGCUAAUUUGCCCAGAGCCAAAUUUUCUGGCCCUGAAAUUGAUCUGAACUCUCCAGAUCUUGACAUUGAUGCUCCUUCAGGCAAGUUCAAGAUGCCCAAGUUUAAGAAACCCAAAUUUGGGACCUCUGGACCAAAGGUUAAGGGACCAGAAAUUGAUGCAGAUUUAAAUACACCAGAUGUGAAUCUGUCAGUCCCCAAAAUUGAAGGAAAACUAAAUACUCCAGAAAUUGAUGCUAAAUUACCAAAAGCCAAAAUAUCUAGCCCCGACCUACACCUGAAAUCGCCAGAUCUUAACACUGAUGCUCCUUCAGGCAAGUUUAAGAUACCCACUUUUAAAAAACCCAAAUUUGGGAUCUCUGGAUCAAAGGUUAAAGGACCAGAAAUCAACACAGAUUUAAAUGCACCAGAUCUGAACCUGUCUGCCCCCAAAAUUGAAGGAAAGCUAAAGACUCCUAACAUAGAUAUGAAUUUACCCAAUGCUGAACUCAGUGGCCCUGACCUAGAUCUGAACUCUCCAGAUCUUGACAUUGAUGCCCCUUCAGGCAAAUUCAAGAUGCCCAAUUUGAAGAAACCCAAUUUUGGUUUCUCUGGACCUAAUGUUAAAGGUCCAAAAAUUGAUGCAGAUUUAAAUGCACCAGAUCUGAAUCUGUCGGCCCCCAAAAUUGAAGGAAAACUAAAUACUCCAGAUAUUGAUGCUAAUUUACCAAAAGCCAAAUUAUCUGGCACUGACAUAGAUCUGAAAUCUCCAGAUCUUGACGUUGAUGUUCCUUCAGCAAAAAUCAAUUUGCCUAAUUUUAAGAAACCCAAAUUUGGUUUAUCUGGACCUAAUGUUAAAGGACCGGAAAUCGACGCAGAUUUAAAUGCACCAGAUCUGAAUCUGUCGGCCCCCAAAAUUGAAGGGAAGCUCAACACUCCAGACAUUGAUGCUAACUUACCAAAAGCCAAAAUUUAUGGCCCUGACAUUGAUCUGAACUCUCCAGAUUUUGACAUUGAUGCCCCUUCAGGAAAACUGAAGAUGCCCAAUUUUAAGAAACCCAAAUUUGGUUUCUUUGGACCUAAUGUUAAAGGACCAGAAACCGAUGCAGAGUUAAACACACCAGAUCUGAAUCUGUCAGCCUCCAAAAUUGAAGGAAAGCUCAAGACUCCUAACAUAGAUAUGAAUUUACCCAACGCUGACCUAACUGGCUCAGACCUACAUCUAAGAUCUCCUUAUCUUCACAUUGAUGCUCCUCCAGGAAUUUCAGGGUCAAAAGUGACAGACCCAGAUCUCAACAUAAAUUCCAGUUUAAAUAAACCAGAUUUUACAGUGCCCACAAUUGGAGGGGAAUUGAAUCCCCCUGAAAUUGUUAAUUUACAAAAAUCUAAACUCAAAGGCACUGAAGUGGAUCUUCAUGCUCCAGAAUAUGACACUGAUGUUCCUUCGGGAAUAGUUAAAAUGCCAGAUUUUAAAAUGCCCAAUAUUGGGUUAUCAGGGCCAUCAGUAAAAGUACAAGAUAGUGACCUAUAUAGGAGUAUGGAGACUCCCGAUUUCAGUUUAUCUGUCCCCAGAGUUGUAAGUCAUGAAAGUGAUUUACUGAAAGAUGACCUCAAAAGUCCCGAACUAGGCAUAAAUAUUGAUAUGCCAACAUCUGAUGUUAGCUUGGAACAUAGCAAGACAGAGAUUACUGAAGCACUGCCUGAAUUUGAGGUACCAGCUUUUAAAUUUCACAGAUUAUCCAAGAUAUGAAACGUUAAUGCCCAAACAGGCAACUCUGAGGCCUCAUACUGAACUUCAAAGAUCUACAUGUUUCCAGCCAUAGUCUAUCUUGAUGGAUACUUGCAUACUUGAUUUCCUAGAAUUUUUAAAAAGGAGGUAUUAUCACCAUGUUUAGACAUCAAAGAAAGGCUGCAAAUGUUUAAAGGUUAUUUCAGUGAAAACUGGUGAAACUGAUUUUCCAGGAUCAGCAGAAACACCCAUAUCUUUCUCUCCGAAGUCUUACAAGAUGCCAGUGGUCCCAGCUUUGCGGUCAAUGCAGAUAUAUAGAAAGUAAUAAAGCCAGAUGUAAUACAGUACUUCCAAAAAUAUCCAGCAGUAAAAACACCUGGGAAUCAGAAAAAAAGAUGGCAAAUGCUAUCACAUUGGGCUUAGAGUGCAACAAACAGAAACAGCUGAGUAAACUAGUUUCCUAAUACAGAAAAUGGGUUAUUACUAGGUUUUCCUAUAUGGCUAAUAAAUGAACUUGAAAUGAAGUACAAAUGUGCAAACUUUAAAUUUGUAGUUACUCCAUUGUAAAUACAUUUUUUGUGUAUACUGUCCUCAGUCUCUAGCUAAAAAGAUAAAGCCUUUUAUGGUAUAUAUGUACUCUUAUAACUCUUAUAAUUAUGUGAUAUAUUAUUUUGUAUAACUAAGAAAAAUCAUUAGACAUCCAGAGUUUAAUGAGAUUAAAGCAACUGUAAUAUAGCUUCUUAACAAUGUGUGUAUUCAACUUUUUCUGCGUAAUACAUAUGUAAAUGAUGUAUUAUGUACAAGGUCAUCUAUUAACAUGUUCAAUAAAUAUAUUUUAAAUAUCACACAGAA